UGGCUGUCACCACCCGCAGGGGAACCUACCUGAACACGCUAUAAUAUGACGGCAUUCAACGACUAGCAUUUUCGUAACGUUUCGUUGUCGGUGGCUGUUCAUUGGCAUGGUGUCAAUCGUCUCCGGCAGCGUCUGUAGGGGAGACACAACUGGAUAAAUACGUAGUCGACGUAUCCCCAACAGUCAACGACCUCGCCAGACACACCUUACAACCCGUCUCCGUUACGCACCACACCAUGUUCCGUGUCUUCACCGCAAUGCUGUUUGCCGUCGCCGCGGUCCCUGCCUUCGCUCAAAAUGAGGUAGUGGUAUACCACAAUCCAAGCAACUACGACUCGUCGGACGGUUCGGUCAGCACCGCCGCUUGCGCUGCUCAGCUCGAUCCGCCAUUCACGACGUUCGGCGAGAUUCCGAUAUACCCCUACCUCGCUGGAGCUUCAUUCGUCAACAGCUCCGAAGGCGGUACCGCCGAAUGCGGAACGUGCUGGCAACUGACGUCCGCCAACGGCAGUGUCGUUGUGCUGAUCGUCGAUCAGGCGGACAACGGUUCAAUGUAGGAGAAGAGGCGUUCAACGACUUGACAGUCCACGGAGCAUUCAAGUACUACAGUGUGAAUGCUACGGCGACUCAAAUCGAUGAGUCCGUAUGCGGCCUGUCACAAACGGGUAGCACUUAAUCAACAGGAGGCUCGCCGGAGACCGUCCGGAGUGU